GGUACAAGCGCGCGAGUGCGAGAUUUGCCCGUAAAUUGUUCGAGUGCGUCGCGCGGCUCUCGGUAUUAUUAUGAGCCACGUGUGUUGAGUGUUGCAUCCCCCCGAAGUGUAAAGUAAAAUCGCCAACUACCGCUGAAAAUGACGACGACGACGAGGUGCUGUUGCUGCUUCUUCGUGCUCGUCGCGACUCUGCUGCUCGCCGAGGCGCUGAGAUCCCCCUCUGGAUCGGGCUGCCGACUACCGAAGCUGAAAAACGGCCGAUUCAGGCCCCGUGGCAGGGAGGGCCGGAUCGGCAGGUACAGCUGCUUCUCGGACUACGUGCUCGUCGGCAACAAGUACACGACCUGCCAGCGAGGCGAGUGGGACACGCCAACGCCGAUUUGCGUCAGUGCCCGCUGCUCGGACCCACCCGUGCCCGAGCACGCCGUCGUGGGGAAAAAGUUCGACGGCGCCAUACUCAUGUACUUCUGCGAGCCCGGCUACCUGCUGGUCGGCAACUCGGAGAUUUACUGCGACGGCCAGCAGUGGAACGCCACCGUGCCCUACUGUCGAGACUCGGACGCGCCCUUGCCGACUUCCUGCGAUUUCGAGAAGGACGUUCUGUGCUGGUGGGAGCAGGAUCCCCGUCACGACUUUGACUGGAUAAGGCACAAUUACGACACGCCGAGCGCCCACAUCAACACCGGCCCGUCGCACGAUCACACCCUCGGACCCGGUUACGAUGGCCACUACUUGUACACGGAAGCUUCCGGCAGAUUACUCAACGACAAAGCUCGCAUUAUAUCUCCGCUUUACCCGGCUCGACUCACCGAAUCCGGAUGUUUUUCCUUCUGGUAUCACAUGUACGGCUCGACGAUCGGCACUCUCAAUGUCUACUUCAAGCCGGAGACCCAAGCCGAGCCGGAAGUCAAGUGGACGAAGGAAGGCAAUCAGGGCAAUCAUUGGCUCCGCGGCAUGUUCCCCUUGCCGCCCGUCAACACCAGUUUCCAGAUCAUCAUCGAGGGAGUACGCGGCACGAGCUACAUCAGCGACAUAGCCAUCGACGACGUCGCCAUACUGCAGGGCGAGGACUGCAACGUGAAAAUCACGAGCUUCGAGCCGAGCGCCGAUAUCGACGAGAUCGAGCUGAGCCACGCCAUGCAGAGCUGCAAGGGUCGCUGCGUGAACGGCACCUGGGACUCGCUGAGGGAAGAGGCCAGCCCCUCCCUCGGCUGCCAGUGCACCCUCGACUGCUCGGACAACGCCAACUGCUGUCCGGACUUUGCUCUGCACUGCUUAUACGAGAUGCCGGAGCAGCCGGAUAACUCGUCGAGCGAGGCGGCAGCAGCGCCCCAAGAGCCGCCGCCGCCGCCCGCCGUGACUUCGGCCGAGAGCGAAGCGGCUACCGUUACGAUGCCGCCGACAAUUAAUUCAACAACGAUCGGGACGAGUACUGGUACUGCCUCGACUGCGACGUCGAAGUCGUCGUCGUUAAGCAGCGAAACAGCUACGACAACUUUUACUCCUACAACUACUACUGCUGCUGCUGCUGCUGCUGCUGCUGUUAAUACUACUACUACUGCUACAACUUCUGUACCUUUUACUACAACUACUACUACAGCUAUUACCACUACUACUACUAAUACUACUGCUGCUGCUGCUGCUGCUAAAACUGCAGCAACUGCAAAGCAAACUAUGGCCACUCGGUCGACAAUCAUUAAGCUAACUACCAACGGAGCGACCUGGAAAAUUCCGGCAAUCGGGAGAGCGCCGAGACCGACGAUAGCCAAGAAAACAUCUGAAACUGGUGCAGCCGCCAUCGCCGCCGCCGCUGAUGAACCCGUUCAAAGCCAGCUGGAGAGGACGUCGGGCCUCGGGGUCGCCGGCGUGGUCGCCGCCACGUUCGGCUGCUUGGCCGUUCUGGCCAGCGCGACGACGCUCGUCUUUCUGUUCGUCGUCAAGUACCGUCGGUCGAAUUACAAGAGGCGCUCCAACACCGGCGGCGGCUUCUCCGAGGACAGCGACGUCAGAUUUCUCACCUCGGACGAGGCACUGGAUUUCAAUCUGGCCAAGCCGGCCGACGAGUCGCCCUACGAUAGAAUGUGACGAGAUCGUCUCGUGUGCGCGUAUGUGCGAACGUGUGCUUGCGGAGAGUGCCUGUGCGACUUUUGUUUGUUUAUUUAUUUUUUUUU